UCGUACGAUUCAAACGGAAAGCUUUCCCCCAACGUUACCCCGAUGGACUACCUCAUUGGUGAAGUCAUCAAGGGGAGCUUUCCCCGAUUCUUAGAGCCUGGCUCGUUGAUCAAUCAGUCCCAAACGUUUGCUUCGGACAAUUGAAAGUUGCAGUAGCGUUGGCUGUAUCUAACGAUAUUGCUUAUCUUUUAUACAUUGAGUAACCAGCUAGUUCUAUGUGGGAUUCUGCCGCCGUAUGAUUCGAAAGGUCGUGUGGUCCAUUGGGCACAUGUCGAAUCUACAUAAAGAGAAUCCUACUCACCCUCCUUUCUCCUCCCACCUCCUAUUCUCAUAUUAUCCAUUGCCUUGACAUACUACAAUCAUCCUAAGUACUAUUUCGUGAAACCGUAUCAAUAUUACGUAGAGCAUCAUUAGUAACAAGCUACAUAUCUGGAAAAUAAAUACGCCACACAGAUCAAUAUGGACAGCGCCAAGACAAACAAUCAAACACCUACCAGCCCGACUCGACGAAGGGGCUCCGGACCUACCUUCGAUGGUCUCAUGAACCAGAAGCGUGGCAGCGACAGCACUUCCAUGGCUAGACGAGCCAGUCUUCACGACCAGAAGCCCCAGGCAGGCUUCCUCGGACAGAUGUGGCAUAGUUUCACACGCGGUUCCUCAAGCCCUACGAAAUAAGCCUAUCCGUACACCAAGUACUUAAGACACGAUUCAACGAAUCGACA